UCUAAACAUCUCACAAUGACCGGCCGUGGCAAAGGAGGCAAGGGGCAGGGGCUCGGGAAAGGAGGCGCCAAGCGCCACAGGAAAGUUCUCCGUGACAACAUCCAGGGUAUCACCAAGCCAGCCAUCAGAAGACUUGCUCGCCGUGGCGGCGUUAAAAGAAUUUCCGGCCUCAUCUACGAAGAAACUCGCGGCGUGUUGAAGGUGUUUCUAGAAAACGUCAUAAGAGACGCCGUGACGUAUACGGAGCACGCUAAGAGGAAAACUGUCACUGCCAUGGACGUCGUCUACGCGCUGAAGAGGCAAGGCAGGACGUUGUAUGGUUUCGGUGGAUAGACUCGAAUGUGGAUAGACUGAGCAGU